AUGUCGGACAAGGAAUUGGGCGGUGGGAACGAAGAGCUUUCGUUACCAAAAGCGACGGUUCAGAAGAUCAUUUCAGAGAUCCUACCUCAACUGCCGCCAGAGGUGUCCCUCGGAAAUGACAUGACAUUUACCAAAGGUGCUCGAGACAUGCUUAUACAAUGCUCAAUGGAGUUCCUGCGUAUGUUAAGUUCUGAAGCCAACGAUGUGAGCGAAAAAGAGAGCAAGAAGACCAUCGCUGUGGAGCACGUCGAGGCGGCCCUCAAAGAUCUCGGAUUCGGCGACUAUAUCGGAGGCAUCCGUGGCGUGGUGGGAGAAUGGAAAGAAGUUCAGACCAAACGUGUCAACCGAGGUGAACGUAUGAAGAAUUGGGGAGGACUCAAUGUCUCGGAAGAAGAGCUAGAGAAGAUGCAAGCAGCGCUGUUCGGCGAAGCGAAGGAGAAGAUGGAAGGACACGAUACUCAGAACACGAAUUAA